AUGUCAGCACUUGAUAUUGCUCAGCUAGCAGCACUUCUACUGUCGACCAAAGCCAAAGACAAGAACGAUGCCCUACUACAACUUGAGGCUAUAACUUCCUCAAGAUGGAGACUAGCCCUGAAGCAAUUGAGAGUUUUAACAGGCGCUAUCUUUCAGCUAAUUGAGAACGAGUCUCAACAGUUUACAAGCAAUAAGUACGCAGCACAGGCGACUACAAUCUCACGAUUAAAUAAGGCCAGCUAUUUUUUGAGGAUACUAAUUGAGAAAGCAAUCUCCGAUAGACUAAAUAUAAGAUCCAAAUUUUUUCUCGAAAUAUGCUUCAGCAUAAAAAACUCAUUUUAUGUCCAGGGUCAGCCGUUGGAUCCGUGUUUGGUUGAUUUUGUCAUGAUUCUAGCGGCAGUAUUGGGAGUUGGUUACGUUAAUGAGCAUAUUAGCAGUAAGGAAUGGCAGAACAUCUAUGAUUUUCUUGUCACUGCUACAAGUCGAGCAUUGGACGAUGGUACCCAAACCAAACAAUUUGGCUUCACUAAUGAAAAAGUGUUGAUUGGACUUUGGACAGCUUUGCACAAUCUCCUCCGAUGUGAAACUUCAUCGAGCUGCACUGAGUUGUUUGAAAAUGAUGCAUACUUCAAAUUCUUGCCUUUGUUAAACAAAACCAUCGAUGCUUUCAGAAAAGAACAUCCGAUUCAAAUCGUUGUUUUUAGAAUUCUCAAUAAGCUCAUAAUUCUACUAGCCACGACAGACGUCAAAUUCGCUCACAAGUUGAUUGAGUUGGGUAUUAAGUUAACAUCAUUUUGUCGAAAGACCAGGUGGGAGAAGCUUCAAGACCAGUAUUUAAUUUUUUUAAAUUUACAAUCGACCCACAAUCUCAUGUACAUAGACAGCUUGCCAAAGCUCACUGGAGAUUCUGAGAUUCAGAUGUCAUUUCUUUCUGAAGAAUCUGUCGAAACACAAGUUGGUCUUGAGAAUAGUCCAAGUGUGGUGCACAAUAUGGAGUUACUUAUUGUUGACUUGAUAAAUUAUCUACUUGCGCUUCCUUCUGACUUGUGUGGAUCUGUUGGCCUUUUUGAUUUCAAUAGCAAAAUCGAUUGGUUCAAUCUUCGCACUAUACGCUUCAAAGGCGAGGAUCGUCGGCGUUGGUUAUACACGACGGCAGUGGUAAAAUUGUUGAAAACAUAUUUUGAAGUGAAGAAAAGUAUACUGCUUCUGCAAGGGACGAGUACACCAGGGAAGAGCUAUUUUACUGAUUUCGUCUUGAGCAACUUGGUUGGCUCUUUCAACAUGAUUGAUUUUUGUACUUCCUUGGUCCUGUAUAAUUCAACUACAGAGUUUCACAUACUAAGCUUGACAUUGAUGACUUUUUAUCAAGAGCUUGGGCAAACAUCAGGGCCCAUAAAAGGAGGGAAGCAAUGUGGGGAGUCUAUUAGUGCAAGUUAUGAAACAAAUACCACAUUCGACUUCACCAUAUCUGUUGGAUGCCAGUCCCUGGAUCUCCCUGGGUAUCUCCAACAUAUGCUAAAAACAGUCGAGUAUCAAGAUGCACACUACUGGCUAAUGAUGUUUGCAAGGUCUGUUUUGAAUCAAGUAGACUUUCACGUGUAUAACCUGGCUAUAAGAUACAACGUCCUCCGACAAAUUUUUAAAUUGGCCUUAGAUGGGAUAAACAAAGCUGACAACGAUGUUGCUUGUGACUUGAUUUCCAAGUUAGUAUCACGAGGCGGCUUCAAAUUAAGCAAGAUUGUUGACGACGGGAUCAGAACGCAAUUGGAAUCGAUAAUUGAUUCUCCUGGUGUGAACGGACCCUCCAUCCACGAUGAGAGCUUUACAUUUUGGUAUGCAGUGAACAAACUUUGUAUCGAUCUCAACAUUAAAAGAAAAAAUGUGUUGGUAAUGAAGAUAGACGAAUGGUUGUGUGAAAAGUGGGAUGCCGCUUUGAGUACUGGUAUGCUCGUUCAAUGUAACCCGAGCGAUUUCGUAUACUGGCUAUCUGGUUGCAUUCCCCAAAUAGGUCCGAAAUUAAAUGUUGACCAUAAGAAUGCCUAUGAAGGUCUGUUCAAAAUGACGAUGAACUUGGAGGGAUCUCGGCUAAGUUUGGAGUCUUUCGUCACUUUGCAACAAAAUGAUGAAGAGACGGAAGGACAUCUGUUUGCUGUUACCGCUGUCUGUUCUGAACCAAGUUCCAAUUUCUGGAACCAAAUUGUCUCCACAUUCAGUAAGUUGAAUACUGAGCCAAUUGCGUAUGGGCAACUUUUCAAGUGGUUAAUCGCUUUGCUGGACAUAUUACUAAAGACACCUCGUUUAUCAAGUCAGCAGGAACUUUGGGACACUUUAAACUAUCAAAUAACAGUUGGUCUUGGGGCUUUUUCAACUGGUUAUUUAACGUUUGAAGACGCUUUUGAAGUCAUGAAUAUGAUUGUUGAUUACUCGACUGAGAGUGCGACUAGUACAAGAAGUUUUCUUUCGAGGGUCCCGUUUGAUAAAUUGAUUGAUUCCGUCAUUCUGAGCUUUCAAAUACCGAGCAGACGUAACAAGAGGCUUUUUAGUGAGGAGGAUACGGAAUUUUCGGAAGUUAGGGAGGAGAGCAGUGUUACGUCCGAUGCUAGUAAUGAGACCUCGUCACUUGACUACCAAGAUUGUCUAUCUUUGCCAGUUUUCAAUCUCAUGAAGUUUAAAUAUCUACAUUUGAGUUUUUCAAAAGAUAAUGAGAUGGAAGGUUUGCCUCAGUUAAUCGCUUUCAUUGAAAAUUUUGCAAACGAAAACUUAUUGGUGGCUUUGUUGUAUAUUGUUGAUGAACGAUUGCCAAAACUUAGCUGCAUAGAUCAAAAACAGUGCUUGAUAAAGUUGUUGCGUAUUUUAGGAGAGCGAAUUCUCUCGGACCAGGUGCUAGAACGAAACGAAACGGUUUUGAUAAUUGUAUCUCGCAUGCUCUCCCAUUUGCUUCCAUUACUUUCUUCAGUGGCAGAUGAUGCAUUGUACAGGGAUUGUUGCGAUAUUGUCCAAUGGCUCUAUGCAUUGGGAACUAAAAAUUAUAUCACCACAGAGGUUUCAGUUGUCAACUUUACCAAAUUUUUGGUAAUAUAUUUGCAGCAUAACAAUGAAGACUAUAUACCGCAAACAUUGCUAGAAGAAGAGACAUUUUUGAAGUUUUCUAAAUCAACCAACUUCAUGAAGUCGAAAUUGGUUCAUGCGUUUUCCAAAUAUAUUCAAAGUUGCGAGAGUUUCAAGCAAAUGGAGAUUUACUCCAAAUUGUUCAACAAUUUUGUUACCCCUCAAUCAUCGGUUGAAAAUGGGGCAACAUACGUGUACUUCUUUUCCAUUUUGGCUGCAUCUUCCUCAGUGGUAUUGCGAAUGGCCAUGUUUAAUCUUACAGAGUGUUCAAAGUUUACCUUUUUUGUUCCGUACUUGAAGCUAGGCUUUGAAGAGCUCUAUUUGAGAUGCAGUUUUUCAAGUCUGCGGAAAUUUUUUGAUGUACUAAAGGUAGAUUUGCUUCGAAGGUGGUGGGUUUUCGAUUCAAUCAAAACAUUCCCUUUUUUUUUGUUCAACUAUGACAGCUUGUCUGCAUUCUUGAGUGAGAACUACCGUGAAAUAGCCGCAGUUAUUGUGUCGACCAAGUCAAGAACAGAGACAGAUUUCAGAACACAAAAUCGCUCCAUGGAGCUAUUGUCUGUAAUUGCCGAUGUGAGAAACACCGAUGUGCAUAUAUUAAUAUCUGAAAGCUUGUCAUUGAUCUUUCCUUUGUCCUACACCAAAGAUGGCAUUAAAAAUUAUGUUUUUGACUUGUUGCUGAGCUUUGUUCCAAGAUUUAGGCAAGAAGUUAAAUCCCAGCUCCCUUUAUUAAUAUUGGAUAUUGUCAAGCGCCUUGAUGUAUCGAAUGAAGUCGAAAUCGCGACGCUACUUCCGAGAUCCUAUGGAGUGUCUUUUAUGAUAGACCAGGCGUCGUCGAAAACCGAAAGCAACAACUCCGAAGUGGUGGUACCCUUGCACAGUGGUCUUCAAUUAAUCAACAAGAUGGUGGAAAAGUACCAUACAGAAGAUUCCUUUUUCUGGUCAACAGCGAUGAUCUACUUCUUGCUCAGAAGAGUGGGGACGUCAUUGCGGGAAAACCUCGCUCUGAAAUCGACAAUAUUAGAAAUUCGACGCAUCAAGUUGAUUAUCGCCAUGGGCGAAGACAAUGCAUUUUCGACGCAUAUAUUGAAUUUGCUCGUGGAAACUUUAACUCCGUUGAUUAACGAUAAAGUGCUAUCUCCGGUUGUAUACCGUAUUUUUACACUUUUUGGAGAUGUGUUUUCCGUUGAAAACGAACAUUUUGAAAUCUUCAAGACAAUUUCACCAUUGCUCAACUCGCUUCUAAUGGCACCUCGAACUGUUGAUAACAGUUUGCAUCAAGAGCUUGUUUCAAAGUUGAGAAAGUAUGCUGAUGUUAUUCAAGGACGUGGUGAAACUUCAUCCCGAAAGAAAUUGAUAACUGCUGCCAUUAAACAGUUGAAAAAUGAACAAUCAACAUUGCAAGUGUCGGAAAUUGAAGAGUUUUUAAGCGAAAAAGUCGAUUUUAAUGCUAUUAGCAUUGUAUCAAAAUUAUUCCCAUAUGUUGUGGAUCCAGAGGCUCUUUCAACGAGAGUGCCAAUGUUAAAAAAUAUACUCGCUUUGGGCAAUGAACAACUAUCGCAGCUUUCAGAGCAGUUCAAGCUUUGGGUAGCCAAAUGUUUAUCAAAGUAUUAUUUCCAAACUCCAACAUCAAACUUAUUGGAUUUGGUUGACAUUACAGAAUAUGAGGGACCUAGUGAAUCCGAAUUAAAUGUGGGCUCGACAUUUUUCGAUCUUCCAAUGCAACAUCUCGUUCAAUAUGCGCAAGAAGGUGACUACUUCGAAGCAGCUUGUGCAGAAUCAGUAUUGGGAGUUUUUUUCAACAUAAAAAAGAAAGACCCCUCCACAUUACUGUACGUUGUCAAUUUGGAGCUGGUGUACACGUCGAUGUCGUUGUUCAUUCAAGAUUUGAGGCUACAUUCGUGUGUAUUGCUAAACGAUGAGCCUGGUGAAAACAUAGGGGAUGUGUCUCUUGAUGAUUUGGUUGGCAAUCUCGAUUCGAUUUUUCACUCCAACAAGAUUAACUGGUGCCCCAAGAUUUAUUUGGCACUCCUCAAGGAUGUUGCUACGUACAGUGUCGUCGGAUCUAUUAUGAGUAUAUUUGUCGUGAAAGUUCCCGAAUUUGCCUCCAAAACGAUUUCAUCUUUGGUGUGCUUUUAUAUUAAUCUUUCCAAAAGCAGGGCUGAAAAUAUGAUAGCAAAAUUGUUGAACAACUUUGCGAAUCUGCAGCAUCGCAAUAAGGACGCCAUUCGCACAUUCGUUGAAAUAUUGGUGAGUGUGAGAAUUGCAGCCAAGACAUCCACCAAUCCUUCCUUUGCAAGAGUUUGUGAAAAUGUUGAUACACUUCGAUAUUAUGAGCUAGCAACUGAAUCCCGAAUGUAUAAAUCAGCACUAAUGUUGUUUGAGGAUGUGUUUUGUACUGCAAGAUCAUCACAGUUACUUGAAAGUCAAUAUUCAACGUUGCAAACUGUCUAUGACGGUCUUGAUGACAUAGAUUUGAAUUAUGGUCUUCCCGAGAAGACCACUUUGGACCUGUUUUUGAAUCUGAAAUUUCGUGCGGAUGCUUCUCACGUUCAGUUUCAGUAUAGCAGUGGGUGCUUGGAUGCUAGUUUGAAGUUGAAUGCCCCUCUUGUGAAUGGGUUUUCUUCGAUGAUGACAGACGCCGGCAUGUUAGGCAUCUCUCUGAUCAUUGGUAAAAGCGUGGAACAGACCAUUUCUGAAAACGAUUCCUACGAAUGGAAUUGGAAAUUGUCAAAAUGGGACCAGCCACUACCUGUGGAAGAGCACAGUGAACAUCAGCUGAUAUAUAAAGUAUUGAAGCAGAUUCAUGAUUUUCCUCAAAACGGGGAAAGAAUCUGUCGUGAUAACCUUUUGAAAUUAAUGGAUGUACAUACAAGAGGUGGUAACACGGGGGUUAAAGAGAUACGAGGGAACUUUUUGAAUUGGCUCAAAUCUUUGGCAUCAGUGACAGCUAUUGAAGACACGAUUAACUGCACUUCAUUGUCAAGUGUAGAUGAAGAAUUUCUAGAGUUUGAGAAAUUGGAGAACAUCAUUUUGGCAAGACAAACAAGUUAUCAAGUAUUAGCUGAGAAUCCAUAUUCCCAAACCUCCAGUGACCUGCUCUGGUCUCUAUCUUUGAAGGAGUUGGUAAUGUACAACAAUUUGGCUAGAAUAAACAAUGAACAACAGAAAAUGGUUUCUUCGACGGUUUUGAUCGAUAGCAUUUGCAAGAAGCUACAGAACACACAAGGUGCCCCACACCAAAACUUGAAACAUCUAUCUAUGUUCCAACUAGCACAAUCCAUGUGGAAACAAGGGAUUACAAAUGUUCCUGUAUCGAUAUUGAAAGAGUUGUACAGUGCGGGUGGAGUUGAUAUAUACGAUCACGAAUUGAAGGUGGAUAAGUUCAUGAUCAAGGCAAUGAUGAUAGAAUGGAUGUCUGAAUCGCGUCAGGAACUAUCGUCCAAUUUAAUGGAGAAUCACGUAUUGCCAACGGCGGAAAUGUCUUUGAGAUUGGACGAUCAAGUACAACAAUCUAAAAUAUUUCGCCUUUUAGCUCAGUUCUGCGAAACACAAUUCAAAUCUAAAUCGUUAAGCGAACAAAUUGAAGUAUUGGAAAAACGAGUUAGUGAAAAAGAAAAUGAGAUUGGGGAAUUGCGAACUCACUACAGCUCCUCCCAGGUUUCAUCGGACGAGAAGCGUUCAAUCAACAAGUAUUACUCAAAAUUGAAAUUGCAGUAUAAAGCUGAGUGCGCAGAUCUCGAGCAUGCAAGGGCCAACAAGAAAAGAUUUGCAGUCAAAGCCAUUGAGUAUUAUUUGCUAACAAUGACCAUGAGUGACUUCCCAGAAGAGGACUUGGAUAAGUUUUGUGCUUUGUGGUUGGAGCAAUCAAACCAUGAUGGACUUAAUGAUAAGAUUGGACUGAAAGUUAUGUUGUUGCCGUCAUAUAAGUUGCUAAGUUGGUCCGCGCAACUAAUCUCGAGAUUGACGAAAGAAGAUACUAAUUUUCAAAAUAUAUUGAAGCGAUUGAUAUUUCAGGUGUGUGUCGAUCAUCCAUACCACACAUUGUACUUGUUGUUUUCUUUGAUGAGACAUAAGCAGUUGGCACAAAAGGAUGCUAACCCUUUGCUUCUUUCCAAAGCUAUGGCGGCUGAAGCUUUAUGGGUGAAAUUGAUAAACCACAACUCGAGUUCCUUGCUUGAAAAGAUCAAUGAAAUCCAAACUUUUAGUGAAGAAUGUAUACGGCUAGCUGAAUUCAAGGCACCAAAAGGUAAAAAAAUCAACUUGGAGAGUCUUAGUGAGUAUUCAACUUUCUGGUUGCAUCACUUGCCGCGCAUCCCCCCACCUACAAUGUCACUCAAAAUUGAUCCUACCAAGUCCUACCUGAAUAUUCCUGUUAUUUGGAAGAUUGAGAGGAAGAUUUCAACAGCUACAACUGGCUUGAGUUUGCCAAAAAUUGCCACUUUUAUUCUCUCGGAUGGAUCGAAACAUGUCAUGUUGAUGAAGCAUGGAACAGACGAUCUUCGACAGGACUCGAUCAUGGAGCAAGUCUUCGGUAAGGUUCAAAACUUCUUCACUAGAGACAAGGAGUGUAGCAAGAGGGGAUUAGUAAUUAGAACCUACAAUGCUGUUCCCCUUGGUCCUAGAUCGGGUGUUAUCGAGUUUGUACCAAAUUCGACAUCCUUUUCGGAUGCAAUACAGCCGUAUCAUACUAAGCACGAUAAAAUGAAGUUAGAAAAGGCUAGAGACAUCAUGCGGCAGUGUCAGAAUCAAGAUAAAAUUGAACGACUUCGCGAAUACCAAAAAAUCGAGGCAAAGAUCAAACCUGUUUUGCAUUUAUUCUUUCAAGAUUGUUUUCUCACACCCGAUCGGUGGUUUGAGAGUAGAGUCAAGUAUACUCACGGUGUGGCGACAUCCUCCAUUGUCGGACAUAUAUUAGGUUUGGGUGACAGGCAUUGCAACAAUAUUCUACUCGAUAAACGCAAUGGAGAACCGAUACAUAUAGAUCUUGGUGUUGCUUUUGAUCAGGGAAAGCAAUUGGCGAUACCGGAAACUGUCCCAUUCAGAUUAACAAGAGAUGUAGUCGAUGGCUUUGGUGCUACCGGCGUAGAAGGUACCUUCAAAAUUUCUUGCCAACAUACAAUGAGAGUUUUGAGAGAGAACAGGGACCAUAUCAUAUCCAUCUUGGACGUGCUUAGAUGGGAUCCGUUGUACUCGUGGACCUUGUCGCCGAUUAGGAGGAAACGAUUACAGCAGGAAGAGGAGAGACUGGGGUUACAGCCAGAGCAAGAUGGCUCAGAUGCGGGACGUGCUGUGCUAGAUGUGUCGGACAAAUUGGUUGCCAAUGGUUUGAGCACAGAAGCAGUUGUGCGGGAAUUGAUACAAGAGGCAACUAGCCCUCAGAAUUUAGCAUUGUUAUACUUUGGGUGGUCCCCAUUCUACUAA